UUCGAAGUAGCGGCGCGAUACAGUCCGAGUUCAGUCGUGCGUCGACCGUCUCAAGGAGCUUGUCGCGAACAAUCUCACAAUCUCCUCUUUUCCCGAUUGUUUUCACGCACGAAUAUAUGUACGUUUUUGUUUCUUUUCGCAACGCUUUACAACAUAACACGCGUCGAUAAUUCGCGCGGGUGUUGAACGCAGAGACCAGGCCCAGUCCGGUGAUAUACACGCACCCACAUCAUUGUUGACCCUUGAAUCACACGCGCGUGGUAAUUUCCUCUCCCGCGACCGCAGUGGGAAAAGCAACGGCAGCAGAGAAUCUCGGCUGGAAGUGACACGACGAUCUCGCGGCAAGGCAGGAAAGCGGGGGGAAAAAAUCUAUUCGUCGUGUGAUCGACUCGCAAGUGUCGAUUAAUCUGCGUGACAGAGGCAGCUCCCUAGACGGCAAAAAAAGUGCCGAUUUACGAAGGGUGAAUCCAAUAGUGUCGCCACCAUGAUCGUGGACGAUAAACAGGAAAUGGAAGGGUUCUGGGUCAGCGGCGCGAUCCACGCGAUCAAGGCUUUAUCGUAUGUGUACGACCUGCUGACGUUUCCCAUAUACCUCAUACUCCAGCGACCUUGGGAAAAGCGCAAGGCGUCCAGGAGGAUCAAGGCGCGUCCAAUCUCGAAGGAUGAAAACCAAAUCACUUAUCGAAGCGUCGAUUCCCCGGGAUCGAUGCACAUCAUGCUCGAGCGCGAGAAGAUCGACACUCUGGAAAAGGUGCUUCUUUGGGUCGUUGAGAAACACGGCAACAAAAGAUGUCUCGGUACCAGGCAGAUUUUAGCGGAGGAAGAUGAACCUCAGGCCAACGGCAGAGUCUUCAAAAAGUAUAAAAUGGGAGAAUACAAGUGGAAGUCGUUCACGGACGUCGACAAGCUGGCCACCACGUUCGGCCGCGGUUUGGCGGAGUUGGGUAUGAAACCGCGCAAAAACAUCGUGAUCUUCGCCGAGACGAGAGCGGAAUGGAUGAUAGCGGCACACGCGUGUUUCAAGCAGAAUUUCACGAUAGUGACGAUCUAUGCAACGUUGGGCGACGAAGCUAUCGCCCACGGCAUCAACGAGACCGAAGUGGACACAGUCAUUACCAGUCACGAUCUUUUGCCCAAGUUCAAGCGGUUACUGACAAUGGUACCAAACGUCAAAACAAUUAUUUAUAUGGAGGAUCAGCUGAAGGCAACUGAUACCACAGGCUACAAGGACGGAGUGCAACUGAUACCGUUCUGUGACGUCACCAAAAUCGGUUUGUCGUCGAAAAUGGGCGACGUUUCGCCGAAGGGCGACGACAUCGCCAUAAUCAUGUACACGUCGGGGUCGACGGGAGUGCCGAAAGGCGUGCUUCUUUCUCACAAAAAUAUCAUCAGCACAUUGAAAGCGUUUUGCGACGCGGUAGAAAUAAAACCGGACGACGUUUUCCUUGGUUUCUUGCCGCUGGCCCACGUCUUCGAGCUCUUGGCGGAGUGCAUGUGUCUUCUCAACGGAGUUCCCAUCGGCUACAGCUCGCCGCUUACACUGAUCGACUCCAGCAGUAAAAUUCAGCGUGGUUCCAAGGGCGAUGCGUCCGUUCUUCAUCCUACUUGCUUAACUGCGGUACCGCUUAUUCUCGAUCGUAUCUCCAAAGGAAUAAACGAAAAGGUGAAGAAGUCCGGUCCGUUCAGACAAGCUAUCUUUAACUUCGCGUAUCAAUACAAACUGAAAUGGAUGAAGCGAGGCUACGAGACACCUCUCUUUGACAAGUACAUCUUCGGAGCUGCCAAGCAGGUGUUAGGUGGUCGGGUCAGACUUGUUCUCUCUGGAGGUGCUCCACUCAGUCCGGAUACUCACAAUCAAGUGAAACUCUGCCUCUGUGUUACCGUGACUCAAGGAUACGGUCUCACGGAAACAACUUCUUGCGCAACCGUUAUGGAUGAACACGACAGAACGACUGGAAGAGUCGGAGCGCCCACCACAGUUUGCGACAUUCGAUUAGAAAAUUGGGAGGAGGCUGGUUAUCGAGUAACGGAUCAUCCACAUCCCAGAGGAGAGAUCGUGAUCGGUGGCGACAUUGUUUCCGCGGGUUAUUACAAACUUGCGGAGAAAACGAAGGAAGAUUUCUUCCAGGAGGACGGCAGGCAAUGGUUCCGAACGGGCGACAUUGGCGAGAUUCAUCCCGAUGGUUCUAUUAAGAUUAUCGAUCGAAAGAAGGAUUUGGUCAAAUUGCAACUCGGAGAGUACGUUUCUUUGGGUAAGGUCGAAUCCGAGCUGAAAACUUGUCCAGUUGUGGAAAAUAUCUGUGUCUAUGGCGAUGCAAACAAAGCGUAUACGGUGGCACUGGUUGUACCUAAUAAUCAUUACUUGGACGAAAUCGCCAGCAAUUUAGGUAUAACCGGAAAGAGUUUUGAGGAACUUUGCAGUAAUCCGAAGAUCGAGAAAGCCGUGCUCCAAGAACUCGUUGAGCAAGCGAAGAAAUGUAAGCUCCAAAGGUUUGAAAUACCCGGUGCGGUGAAGCUGUGCGCGGAACAAUGGUCGCCCGACAUGGGCCUGGUGACCGCGGCAUUUAAACUCAAGAGGAAAGCGGUCCAGGAACGUUAUCAGCACGAAAUUAACAGGAUGUACGCCUCGUGAUGUUCCGCCAUAGGUUGUACCAAGUGCUGCGCGUAACGAGAGGGAGGGGGAAAUCGAAACCGGGCAUAAAGAAAUCGCCUCUCCAACAGACGGUACCUCAAAUAAUCUCCAGUUAAAAACACAAACAUUAUCAUAAACUCACGCCGAUUACAAAGGCGCGCAUAAACCAGGCUCGUGGCAAUCGCGUUUGUGCAAUUAUUAGGAACAAUCUUUAUUCGCCGUUGUUUCGGCAGAGACCAGGUUGUCGUCGGAACUCGGGACGACGGCGCCAAGAAAAAAAUUCGUUCGGAAAUUUGUCCGGAAAAAAAAAACAAAAAAAAAA